CCCCCCCACACACAAAAGCACUCUUGAGUGAUGUGAAAUGCUCGGUUAAGGGAAACGAUGCAGAAGAUUCUGUGCAAAAGUACCACUUGUUCAACACCUGUUCUCUCUACUCCGGUGAACUCUUUCGCCGCCGGUUUUAUCUCACUAGGGUUUAAGCCCCCCGUCAAAAAUCUUACUCCUUGUUCCACUUCUAAGCCUCUCUCUACUUGUUUCUUCCCAACUUCCACUAUGCCGACGAAGACGGCUUCUAUUUCUUCAGGCGGUGUUGGUUUCUCUGCUUACCUGCAGAGGAGUGUUCGAAGACCAGCUCCGGCGUCGUUACGGUUCUCAACAGCUGGUUACCGAGCUUGCCGCUGCUCAAUCGACGGUGGAAUCCGUAGUACGAACCGGGCUUGGGUCGGUCGAACCGGGUCGUGGCGUGCGUUGUAUUGCUCGGAGUCUAAUGGUGGCUUAAGCACGGUUAAUGCUACUGCUGGAGCAGUGGUUGAGAGCGAGGGAGAGUCUGACGGAGAAGAUGAAAAGCCUGUGAGGAUGAGCCGUAGAAGUCGGAGUUCUAGUGGAAGUGGUGAGUUUAUCGGUAACCCAGAUUUGCUGAAGAUUCCUGGAGUGGGUUUAAGGAAUCAGAGGAAGCUUGUUGAUAACGGGAUUGGAGAUGUUGCUGAGCUCAAGAAGCUCUAUAAAGAUAAGUUCUGGAAAGCGAGUCAGAAGAUGGUUGAUUAUCUUAGGAGCUCUGUUGGGAUUAUACAUAGAAACCAUGCGGAGAGUAUAACGACGUUUAUCAAAGAGAGUGUGGAUGAUGAGCUCAAGGAUUCUGGCUCUGAACCUAAUCUAAAUGCAAAGAAACGUUUGACAUUUUGUGUUGAAGGGAACAUUAGUGUCGGCAAAUCAACUUUUCUUCAGAGAAUAGCUAAUGAGACGGUGGAGUUACAAGACCUCGUUGAGAUUGUUCCUGAGCCAGUUAAUAAGUGGCAAGAUGUUGGACCUGACCAUUUCAAUAUAUUGGAUGCUUUCUACUCUGAGCCUCAGAGGUAUGCUUAUACUUUCCAGAACUAUGUGUUCGUCACUCGGCUGAUGCAAGAGAAAGAGUCUGCUUCAGGGGUUAAACCUCUAAGGUUGAUGGAAAGGAGUGUCUUCAGUGACAGAAUGGUGUUUGUGCGAGCGGUUCAUGAAGCGAAGUGGAUGAAUGAGAUGGAGAUAAGCAUCUAUGAUUCUUGGUUUGAUCCGGUUGUCUCUUGUCUACCUGGACUUGUUCCUGAUGGAUUUAUAUACUUGAGGGCGAGUCCAGACACUUGCCACAAGAGAAUGAUGCUCAGGAAACGAGCAGAAGAAGGUGGAGUCUCGCUGAAAUACCUCCAAGAUCUGCACGAGAAGCAUGAGAGCUGGCUUCUCCCGUUUGAGAGCGGAAACCAUGGUGUAUUGUCUGUUAGUAAACCGUCUUUUCACAUGGACAACUCUCUGCAUCCUGAUAUAAAAGACCGCGUCUUCUACUUAGAAGGAAAUCAUAUGCAUUCUAGUAUCCAGAAGGUCCCUGCUCUGGUUUUGGACUGUGAACCCAAUAUUGACUUCAGCCUAGAUAUCGAGGCAAAGGCACAGUAUGCACGCCAGGUUGCUGAAUUCUUUGAAUUUGUGAAGAAGAAGCAAGAAACAUCAACAGAGAAGAGCAACAGUCAGUCGCCGGUACUGCUGCCGCAUCACAAUGGAGGUCUCUGGAUGGGACCUGAAGGCAAUCAUGUCCCGGGAUUAGAACUCCCUCCUGUAGAUCUAAAGGCGAUGUCACUCUUCACCAGACCAUCUGCGUGACUAUCCAUUCACUGACUCUGUUUUUGUUCGCUCUAAGGAGCAUGUCAGGUUAUCGAAUGUCAAUAGGUUUGAUCGGCUUUUAUCUUUCGUUUAGGAAAAUACGUUGUCUGCAGUUUUUGUCCACUUAGGUGUAGAAACGAAACAUGGUCAUGUUGCUAGUUUAACCCUUUUGUAGAAAAGUUUGACGUCUGGAUAAUUGCUAGGUGUUUUGUUCUUAAAAAUCUUGAUGAUCAUCUGGUUCAGUUUUCAGUUAUUGUCUCUCU